AUGUCCGAAGCCUUAUUCUAUGCUGACUCCGAAAGUCCAAUUGUGCUUCUCUCGGCAAAAAAGCAUUUCGAUCAAUUAUCAACGCCGGAGUUGAAAAGCUAUGCACACUACUUAUCCAAAGCUUCACUCGAAGGUUCAAAAGCCGUUCUUAGGUCUGUUUCACCAGAGAGUGAGCCAAUUUAUGACUUGAUAAUGGGAAUUCACAAAUCUCUUGGCGAACCAAAAUCCAAUGAAGAGUAUUUCGACGCAAUCACCACUUUAUCAAAGCAAGAAGUCUUGCAAUACUUGGAAUACGCAUCUCAAUUCUUGGGCAACAUGGGUAACUACAAGUCCUUUGGUGAUAGAAAAUUUAUCCCUAGGCUUGCUUCAGACAAGUUUGAAUCUUUGGUCAAGGGAUUGAAUGACACAAAGUUGGAUCAAUUGUUUCAGCUGGUUGCAGACGCAAUUUACAACACUAGUAAAGGGUUACUUGGGUACCCUGAAAAGGGGCUCGAGUCAAACUACUACCCACUUCGCGAUGACCAAGAUAGUAAGGAGGAAGAGGUGAUUACUAAAGCGGAAAUUGACUCUGUUAACAAAGCUCUUACCGAAGCAGGUAUAAUGCCUGAAAAUACUAGAGUAGUGAAGGAAAAAAACGGGAACUUUACUGUUCUAGUUGCUUCAGCAAAUUCUGACAAUAUUUACAAGGACCUCGAUUUAAAGACUGAUACUGGGCUGGCAAUUGGCUUCCAAUUUGGUGACCACGCUCAAGAGUUUAAGAAAAUUGUUGAGAACCUUGAACACGCCUUGAAAUAUGUAAGUAAUGAAACACAAGACAAGUUGUUGAGAUAUUACAUCGAGUCCUUCAAGACUGGUGAUAUGAGUGCACACAAAAAGUCGCAAAUUGAAUGGGUCAAGGAUUUGAAGCCCGAAGUCGAGUCCAACAUUGGAUUUAUUGAAACGUAUAGAGACCCCUCGGGUGUUAGGGGUGAAUGGGAAGGUUUGGUUGCAAUGGUGAACCAUGAGCGAACUGCUAAAUUUUCCAAGCUUGUUGAGAAUGCUCGCCAAUUCAUUGCUCAAUUGCCAUGGGAUGCAGUUUAUGAGAAGGACAAGUUCACUCCACCAGAUUUUACUUCGUUAGAAGUCUUGACAUUUGCUGGAUCGGGUGUGCCAGCAGGUAUCAAUAUUCCAAACUAUGAUGACGUGAGGUUGAACUAUGGGUUCAAAAAUGUGAGCCUUGGAAAUGUUCUCUCGGCCAACCCUAAGAAUCCGAAAAAGGAAGAAGUCAUCACAUUUGUCGAGGACCAAGCACUAUUCAAAAGAUGGAGGGAUGACGCUUUUGAAGUGCAAGUUGGCUUACAUGAAUUGUUGGGACACGGUACCGGUAAAUUGUUGCAGGAAACUGAACCGGGAAAAUUCAAUUUCGAUAGACUGGAUUCUCGAAUCAAGACAUGGUAUGAGCCUAAUCAGACAUGGGGUGGAUUAUUUGGAGCAAUUGCUGGUUCUUAUGAAGAGUGCCGUGCUGAAUUGGUUGCUUUGUAUUUGAUUCUCAAGAAUCCAAAGGAAGUGUUGCCAAUCUUUGGUAUCACCACUGAGACAGAUCAAAAGGAAGUUUGUUACAUUGCAAGCUUGUUAAUGAUACGUGCAGGAUUGCUUGGAUUGGAGUUUUGGGACCCAAACGCAAAGAAAUGGGGCCAACCACACAUGCAAGGUAGAUUUGCCAUCAUGCGACAAUUACACCAGGCUGGCGUUUUUGAAUUUGUGCAUUCCAAGCCAGAUUUCUCCGAUUUAAAGAUUGUCAUUGAUGAGGCAAAGCUUUCUGAUGGCACUGCAGUUGACGCUUUGGGCGACUUCUUGGGCCAGUUGCACGUUUUCAAGUGCUCUGGAAACAGAGAUGCUGGUGUUUCAUAUUAUGUCGAAAAAAGUGAUGUUGGAGAAGAGUAUGCCAAAUAUAGGGAUAUUGUGAUUAAGGAAAAGAGACCUAGAAAACAAUUGAUUCAAGCCAAUACUGUUUUGAAAGAUGACGGAUCUAUCGAGUUGAUUGAGUACGAGGAAAGUGAAGCAGGUAUGAUCCAAAGUUAUUACGAUAGAAACCUCAGAUAA